AUGAUUAGGGAUAAUCAAAUUUCCGAAGAUAAUGAAACUUCCACGACCAUACGUCAUCGUAGAGACUGAACUUGGGCUUAAAAUUUGGGUUUAAAAAGGCACAAAGUGAAAGGAUCCAGCCUUGCCGAAGGCUCCGAAGUGCGUGCGUGCCCUGGUUUUCUUCCAAACUCAACCGACUCACGUACUUUUAUUUAGAUGCUCUUUUCUUUCUCAUCUGUACCAGAGUCUCAGAUCAAAAAUUAAUAAGCCACCAAAACCACUGUAGCCGCCGCCACCGCUAGCCAAGAUUGUCACACAAUUUAUCGAACUAGGUACUGACUAGAGUAAAGCCGUUCUGGGAUAUUGGUAUCGGCAUUUGUCAUCCCUUUUGGUUUUGUGCGUCCACCAUAAACAUUAUGGCGGUCCACACAAGCAUUCAACUUAUAUCUUAUUCUCAGGAGCUUGUGGAUGGACAGCCACUCUAUGUUUCUUCAAAUUGCCUUCCUGUUAAGGCUAUAAAAUAUGAACCUGCUGGCCAUGCUUUUCAUUAUGCUGCUCUUAAACUCCUUGGUUGUGAGGAUGAUGAUACUGCAGAAGUUGAUGAUCGGAAUGUCACUAAUGAUAAGGAGCAAGUAUAUAUGCCGUCAUCUGAUUCAUAUAGCAGCAAAGGAAAAAAGAAAUCUGCAUCUGAUGGCAAGCAACAGGAUCACUACGCCUUGCUGGGGUUGAGCCAUUUAAGAUAUCUUGCCACUGAGGAUCAGAUAAGGAGAAGCUACCGCGAAGCUGCCUUGAGGCAUCAUCCUGACAAACUUGCGGCGCUUAUUCUUGCAGAGGAGACUGAGGCUGCAAAACAGGCAAAGAAGGAUGAAAUAGAGAAUCACUUUAAGUCCAUUCAAGAAGCAUAUGAGAUUUUGAUUGAUCCCAUAAAGAGAAGAAUCUAUGACUCCGCUGAUGAGUUUGAUGAUGAAAUUCCGACUGAAUGUGCCCUGCAAGACUUCUUCAAGGUGUUUGGUCCAGCUUUCAUGAGGAAUGGACGAUGGUCGGUUAACCAACCUAUCCCAUCUUUAGGCGAUGACAGUACUCCACUAAAAGAUGUCGAUAAUUUCUAUAAUUUUUGGUAUAGUUUUAAAAGCUGGAGGGAAUUCCCACAUGCAGAUGAGUAUGACCUUGAACAGGCCGAGUCUCGUGAUCAUAAAAGGUGGAUGGAGAGGCAGAAUGCAAAACUAUCUGAGAAGGCUAGGAAGGAGGAAUAUGCUCGAAUACGUGCACUUGUUGACAAUGCCUAUAAAAGAGACCCAAGAAUACUUAGGAGAAAAGAAGAGGAGAAAGCUGAGAAACAGAGGAAAAAAGAAGCCAAGUUUCGUGCAAAGCAGUUGCAGGAGGAAGAAGCUGCUAGGGCUGCUGAAGAGGAGAGACGCCAGAAAGAAGAGGAGGAGAAACGAGCUGCUGAAGCUGCUUUACAGCAUAAGAAAAUGAAGGAGAAAGAGAAGAAGCUCCUCCGAAAAGAGCGAACUCGCCUUCGAACACUUUCUGCACCUGCUUUAUCCCAGCAUUUGCUUGAUCUUUCUGAGGAUGAUGUAGAAAGUCUUUGUAUGACCCUUGGCAUUGACCAGCUUAGAAGUUUAUGUGAUAAGAUGAAGAACAAAGAAGGGUUAGAGCAGGCUCAAUUAAUCAGGGAUGCACAAGGAUACAAUGGCGAUGUGGAGGAGAAGAAACAAGAUGAAAUGAACAGCUCGCAGCUGAAUGGUUCUGUGGAGUCCAAUGGAAGUGUCCUGUUGAGCAGUUUUGAGAAGAAAGAGAAACCUUGGACCAAGGAAGAGAUUGAGCUUUUGAGAAAGGGUAUGCAGAAAUAUCCCAAAGGUACAUCUCGGAGGUGGGAGGUUAUUUCGGAGUACAUUGGUACAGAGAGAUCUGUGGAAGAAAUUUUGAAGGCUACCAAAACAGUCCUCCUCCAGAAGCCUGAUGCUUCCAAAGCUUUCGAUUCUUUUCUUGAGAAGAGGAAGCCUGCGCAGUCUAUUACGUCUCCACUUUCAACUAGGGAGGAAGUAGUAGUUUCUGCAUAUUCAGGGACUGAGAGCAGUUCUGCAAAAACAGUCAGCCAGGAAGACUCUGGUAAAAGUGCAAGUAAUCCUAUUGAUGUGGUUUCUACUAAUGGGCCUUCAUCAAGUUCAGAGCAAGAUGUGUGGUCUGCUGUACAAGAAAGAGCACUAGUUCAGGCACUAAAGACAUUCCCAAAGGAAACCAGUCAGCGAUGGGAACGAGUAGCUGCUGCUGUUCCUGGGAAGACUGUAAACCAAUGCAAGAAGAAAUUUGCAUUACUGAAGGAGAAUUUCAGAAACAAGAAAAACACAGUUUAGUUAUCGGAUUAACACUGUUGGAGCUGAGAAGCAAUAAAUCUUCACGAGGGAAUUGUCUUAGUGUCUCCCAUUUGGAUUCAAUUCUUUCCUUAGAAGCUAGGAACUUGCUUGAGCUACAACAUAUGUGCAACCAAACCAGCUUUUUUGCCUGGUUCCCAUACUCUGAAUUCUGUCAUGCUAUAAAGGUUUUAAGAGCUCAUGUUUUUGCAGAAAGUAGCUUAUGCAUUGAUUCUGUUUGGAGCAAUAUUGCAUUGAUUUUGUAUGGAGCAAUAUUGCAUCAAUACCCAUGAUGCAUUUCUCUAAUUUAUCAUUGUAGCAUUGUUAACCUUAUAUGUGUUUGUGUUUUAUUU